AGAGUCGGACACGACUAAACGACUAAACAACAACAACUUCCUUCCAUUUUUGUGCAUAGAGAAUUCUGGCUGCUGUUCUUUACAUACAUAAACAGCUGAAUCGACUUUUUUUUGGAUCUUCUGUCCCUAUAGCUACUAAGAGAAUAGCUUCAAGUUUGGGGGAGGGUAUUAUCACUUUUUUAUCUCAUCAUAUAUCAUUUCCCCUAAUCCCCUCUCUUUCUUACAAGUCCACCACAUCAGAGUGCCUUUUCUUGACCACUGAGUAACCACUGCUUACACUAUUAUAUCUGGGAUCGGGAGAUGAGAGUCUACAGUAUAUCAAGAGAUAUGGCUCUCAGGCAGAGUUGAUUCCAAAUACAGCACUUCUCUUGAUGUGCACUUGGUGUACAGCCCAUUGCCUAAUCUCCCUGCGAACAAAUAAGAAUGAAUGUUGAAUAAACAGGUUGUCUGGAAGCGGCCCUGUUUUGCUUUUUCCUAGAACCUCAGUGUCCACCAGGAAUAGCCAAGUGCGAAAUAGUGGCUUGGAAAGAGGAGUGCAGAUAUACUUAGAAUUAAGGAAGAAGGCACCUCUGACUACAUCUUAGUACAGGUAUUUGUUUUGAGUUUUUGAGCUCACAUUCAUUGCCUGAUUUUCCCUACCCCUUGCUUUGUUUCAGCAGCCUAAUUUAGUGAAUCGUUUUUAUUGAUUUUCCAAAUUUUACCAAAUCAGCCACAAAUUAAGACAAAUUUAAUUCAACUUUCCCAAAAUUUGCUUUCCGGCACUCCGUUCUUGGCGUGUCCAAAGAUUCCUCUUGCUUCUCCUUUAUUUUCUUAGUUGUUUCUAGUUCACAUUCCAUUUCUUACAGUUAACCUUAUAGUACAAUAGUUUUUGGGUUUUUUCAUAACUUAUUUAUCCUUAACCGUCAGCCAAUUCCUGCACAUACAAUAUUUCAACAUUUGCAAUAUCAACAAGUUGCUAUUGUGAAACAGCUGGGAAUCAUGAAUGCUUUAUGAGCUACUACAAAUCUCCUGAAAUCCUGGAUCUACCGUCUGCCAGGCAUUGGCGUACAGAAUUUACAUCACUGGCAGACUUGAGGCCUGGGAGACUCUCUAGAUCUAAGCAUUUUGUGUCAUACGCCUGGUUGUUUUGGUCAUACAGAACAGCAUGCAAAGGAGUGACAUUUGCUGUGUGAAUGAGCUCUCUGGACAAAAGUAGGUUUUGCAUUUUCAUGAACCGCUUUGGCAAUCUGGUUUCGCUGCUGUGUUUUUGUCAUGCUCUUGCCUGUGAUUCUGGGGCAAAUGAGAUGUUUCCCCGGCUGUUUCUUUUUUCGUCUUUAGCAAUCUCACGGCUGCCUGCCGUGUGUUGUCAUGUCACUGCUGUUGUAGGGAGAUUGUGGCCAUCAUAGGUGGGCAAGGACUCUGACCUCGCAGCUCGUCCGAGAGCAUUUGCUCUCUUCUCCCAUCAAGAACGCUCAAAGCUUCUGCCCAAUGGCUUUCUUUUGUUGCUUUGCCAGGGCACAGGGCACUUGGCAUGGGAGAUGUGAGAUGUUAAGGCCUGGCGUGAACCCCAUUCCCCCUCCCUCCUCCAGCCUUUCACACGCAUAUGGUCUGGCGAUGGCUAACCCUCUUGUAUAAAACCCCUUGCAGCACACAGAACAAAAUCUGUCUGAGUUUGCAGAGCCUGGAGGAGAAGCCUGACCAUGGAAGGGCAACGGCUCUCAUCCUACGGAAGGCGUUUCGGCGCGCAGACUUCCUCCAUCCACCACGCCUUGAGGUUCUCGCCAGGGCGCAGGUACCUGUCUUCAGGUGCCGGCACUCGGCUCUCCGUCACGAAGCUGAAGACCUCCAGCCUCAGCUUCCGUGCUGGCCCCAAGUUCUCCCCGGACAAGGUGGAUUUUUCCCUGGCCGAUGCCCUCAACACCGAAUUCAAGGAGACCCGCACCAACGAGAAGGUGGAGAUGAUGGAGCUGAACGACCGCUUUGCCAGCUACAUAGAGAAGGUCCGGUUCCUGGAGCAGCAGAACAAAGUCCUGGUGGCCGAGCUCAACCAAAUCCGAGACAAGGAGCCCACCAAGUUGGCCGACAUCUACCAGGAGGAGGUGAGGGAGCUCCGCCACCAGGUCGACCAGCUCACCAACUCCAAGGCCCGUCUGGAGAUCGAGAGAGACAACCUGCUGGAGGACCUCAACAAUCUCCGGCAAAAGUUACAGGACGAGAUUAAUCAGCGCCUUGAAGCUGAGAACAAUUUGUCUUCCUACCGACAGGAUGUUGAUGAUGCUGCGUUGGCCCGGAUAGACCUGGAACGUAAAAUUGAAUCACUUCAAGAGGAGAUCAACUUCCUAAAGAAGAUCCACGAGGAGGAGCUUCGGGAGCUGCAGGAGCAGCUGCAGCAGCAACAGGUCCACAUCGAGAUGGACAUGGCCAAGCCGGACUUGACAUCUGCCUUGCGCGAGAUCCGCAUCCAGUACGAGUCCAUGGCCUCAAACAACAUGCAUGAGACUGAGGAAUGGUACAAGUCUAAGUUUGCAGACCUGACCGAUGCAGCGGCACGAAACAUUGAGGCCCUGCGUCUCGCCAAGCAAGAAGCCAACGAGUACCGCCGGCAGCUGCAGUCCCUCACCUGUGACCUGGAGUCCCUGAGGGGAUCGGUGAUCAAGGAGUCAACCCAGGAGCACAAGGAAGUGGUGUGA